CCCCACCACUUCUGACGGCAACGCGCUAUAUUUGACGUCACCGGAGUAGGUCGCGGCACUCAGCUGACGACUGCAUUCGGAAGUGCAAGGAACUGUGACAGAUUACGAUUACUACACGAGUUCAGGCUUCGAUCAAGAAGUUGCGCUAAAUCAUUUUCAAGUAUGGCCGAAUCUUUGGAACAGUUGCCGAAAUCUGAAACGAUCAGACUUCGAGAUCGUUACAUUGGACAAGCGUGUAAAUUAUUUUACAAAUCGAACCCAUUGAAGAUUGUUCGAGCUGAAGGACAGUACAUGUACGAUGAGAAGGGCAAUCGCUACUUGGACUGCAUUAACAAUGUCGCUCAUGUAGGUCACUGUCACCCGUCGGUGGUGCGUGCUGGCCAGGAUCAAAUGGCUAUGCUCUCCACCAACAACCGUUUCCUCCACGACAAUUUGGUAAUCUGUGCUCGACGUUUGACCUCGUUCCUUCCGGAACCGCUGUCCGUCUGUUUCCUGGUGAACUCGGGCAGCGAAGCCAACGAUCUCGCGCUUCGUCUCGCUCAGACGCACACGAAGAACGAGGACAUCAUCACUCUAGACCAUGCGUAUCAUGGCCAUUUGACCUCGAUGAUCGAUAUUUCGCCGUACAAGUUCAACAAACCGAACGGGCCUGGCAAGAAAGAUUGGGUCCACGUGGCGCCUUGCCCGGAUGUCUAUCGAGGAAAGUACCGCGAGAUCGACCAUCCCGAUGAAGAUCUAGGGGAGAGGUACGCCGACGACGUGAGGAUCAUCUGUCAGAAUCUGAAGAACAAAGGGAAAGGCGUCUGCGCCUUCAUCGCUGAGAGCUUGAUGUCCGUUGGUGGGCAAAUUCUGCCGCCGCAGAGUUACUUCAGAAACGCGUACAGACACGUUAGAGAAGUUGGUGGUGUCUGCAUCGCGGACGAGGUGCAAGUUGGAUUCGGAAGGGUCGGCAGCCACAUGUGGGCCUUCCAGCUCUAUGGCGAAGACGCCGUCCCGGAUAUAGUGACCGUUGGUAAACCAAUGGGCAACGGGCACCCCGUAGCAGCGGUGAUUACCACUCCAGCCAUUGCCGAAAGUUUCAAAAACACUGGAAUAGAAUAUUUCAAUACGUAUGGCGGAAAUCCGGUGUCCUGUGCUAUAGCGAACGCCGUGAUGGAAGUGAUUGAGCGAGAGAAUCUUCAGGAGAACGCUCUGUUGGUUGGCAAUCAUCUGAUGUCGGAAUUGAGGAAGUUGGCCAAGCGACGAAAGAUUAUCGGUGAUGUGCGCGGUGUUGGCUUGUUCGCGGGCAUCGAGCUGGUGCGCGACAGGGUCACGAGGAUCCCGGCGACCACGGAAGCGAAGCACGUGGUCCUCAGAAUGAAGGACAGGAAGAUUCUAAUCAGCAGCGACGGCCCGGACGAUAAUAUCUUGAAGGUGAAACCGCCAAUGGUGUUCACGAUCGAGAAUGUGAACCACUUGGUAUCCACCUUGGACGAGGUUCUUGAGGAAGUAGACAUUGGAGACGAGGAGAAUUACGAAUCAACAACAACGAUUUUGAAGGCGACAAUCUCGAAAAUGGAUGUCGACACGGAUAACACCACCUGUCCAAGCACAAAAUCAUUGCUUGUUCGCGCUAAUUAACGAUCAAUUCAUAUUGAAUUUAUACACAUUUAUAAAACGCUUUCUAUUUAAGAUAUUAUUAUUCGCAAGCCGAAUGAUUAUUGCCAAAUCUGUUGUGCAUGGUUUUAGAAUGGAGGAUAUAAUGUAUGUAUAUGUAUGAACAGAGUCAUUAGUGAGAGAUGAGACUUUAAUUAAGCGACGAGUAUAUAUUUUAAUAAAAUAAAUGCCAAAUAAAAUAUACCACAUUUUUACGUA